GUUGAACGCGCCUUAUCCCUUAUAAAAUAGCACAAUUAAUAUUUGACAAUAGCAACCAGUGCAAUAGCUAUUUCCGCUUCACCCUUCUCCAUUGUCAACGCUAAUACACACUUCUCCAUUCCCAUUCCCAUUCCCAUUCCAUACCGUUCCACUGGGAACCUGCUUGUUGCCAAUUCCAUCAACAAUAUUAAGAAACCCUAACUUAGAUUGAACUAACAAGCCAUAAAUGGAAGAAGAAGCAGCAGCCUCAGGGAAUGGAACUUCGCAAUGCAAACGCAGCCUCAGUAGAAAGGCCUCAUCCACGUCAUUUCGUCUACGCUGUCCUAGCCUCAACUCCCUCCGUCUGCGACGCGUAUUUGAUAUCUUUGACAAGAAUGGUGAUGCCAUAAUCACCGUCCAAGAGAUUAAUUUGGCCCUUUGUCGUCUAGGCCUUGAAACAGAUAUCUCUGAGCUGGAUUCAACCAUCAAAUCAUUUAUAAAGCCGGGUAACAUAGGUCUCACGUUCGACGAUUUUGUUGCUUUGCAUCAGUCAUUGGACGAAACUUUGUUUGGAUUGGAGUCGGAGGAGAGUAUUGAGGAAGAGGCAGUUGAAGGAGAGGCGAAGAUGUCGCAGGUGGAGUCAGAUCUGACGGAGGCUUUUAAAGUGUUCGACGAGGAUGGGGAUGGUUUCAUCUCUGCCCAGGAAUUGCAAGUGGUGUUGGGGAAACUGGGAUUGCCAGAAGGGAGAGAGAUUGAUAGAGUUCAACAAAUGAUCUGUUCCGUUGACCAAAAUCAUGAUGGGCGUGUGGAUUUCUUCGAGUUCAAGCACAUGAUGCAGAGCGUUGUCGUCCGCGGCUCUUGAUCAUCUUCUUUCUUUUGCAAGCUAUAUAGCUAAUACUACAUCAAGUGCUGAGCAGUACUUUGGAGACAAAAAUGUCACGAGUGCUGCUGUAACUGUGGUAGACAUUGGCAGAUGUAGAUCAUACACAGGUGAAAGCUUUGCUGCUAAAAUUUCCUGGAAACUAAAGAGGAAACUUCCUUGUUGUCCCUAUUCAUAAGAGAUAUAUAGAUAUAAAGGUUAACGGGGUAUUCCAGAUUUUUGUUUUGAUAUGCGGUGGCUAGCUGCUUCAUUUGGCUUUCGUAACUUCAAAUUUAGAGCCUUUUGGCGCUGAGCAGAUUCAGCAGACUGGAAUUAGAGCAAACGUCUGCAAAAGCAUAUAAUAUUGUUCAUACAAUCAGGAGCAUCAUUUAAUUUCCCUGUCUGUAUAUGUAUGUAUAUCUUCAUGCUAUAUAUGCUAACAAACAAAAAUCAUCACUGAGCCAGCCAAUAUCAUUGAUUUGGUAG